AUGGUUGAUGAUUCCUUGCCUUUCCGGUGCUUGGGCGCACCUAGCAGCUGCUUCACGCCUCCUGAGAAUGCCGGUAUCUCUUACUUAGGUUGGUGUUGUACGGCUUGGUUGAGCUCAAAAUUCAACGGAGACGGCAAUUGUCAGUUUUGGGCGUUUGUUCAAUUUUACCGAACUCCUGAACACCGUAUAUUUGUACGGCAACAGCUGGUGAAGCAGCUUGGAUCUCAUUGGCUCAUCAUGAGGUAUAUACUGGAUAUGUCCCUAUGGAUUACAGAGAAUAUCUUAAGAAGAUGCCAAAAUUGGUGAACUCAAGAGGCUGUUGGAGGGAGGUCAAGUAUGUUGGGUUAUAGAGGCGAGCCCCACACCAUCAGGCAUUCUUACAUUGUGCACCUGAUCUCUACCAUGUAGAUGGAAUGGUCUAUGUGGGCUUGCCCGAGAUUGCCCCUCUCUGCAGGUGAAUUGGGCACUUUACAAACUCGACUUCUGUGCUUCCAUAAUCAAUAGUCCCGAUUGAAUGAGUUGUAUUGGUUAUGUAAACUCGCUUCAUGCGUGACUUACUGUGCACAUAUAAGCUAUGCUAUAUUGUUCAUACACUUCCUAUUCCUGUGACUCAUCAUCUGGAUGGUAGAGUAAUAAUUAGUUGUGACGUUUGUUGGUAUAAUGUAUUGAACCUCCUUUUGGUAUAUCAUGUUGCAUUUCCUAUAAAAACGCACUACUGAUAUGUAAUAGACUUUGGUAUCCUGGACAUUAUUUUUCUUAACUUAUGAAAUAUAAAUCAUGCCUUACCCGGCUGCUGGCUAUGGCUGGUGCGGGUGGGGUGCGGCAAGCCGCACUUCCUAUCUAGUUAUGGUAAAUGGCCCAUGGGUUGGAGAUGAAAGAAGCAGUGAAGAAUUGA